AUGGGACCAUCACUCCAACCCAGCAUAAGCAUUGCGGAGGUGCUGCCACAAAAUGUGAACAAUAAUACGCCCGAGUCUGCGGGAGCCAGUCCGACUCGGCCUGGUUUUACGAGAUCACAGUCAACUCUAGUUGGUCAAUAUAUCGAUGAAAAAACGCCAAAGGGCAGCAUUGAAGUCGGAUCUCCCGCAGAGUCUUGCCAGGAAAGCAAGCCGCAAGGAGAAACUCCAGAGACUGGAAAACUUGCAUCAUGGAAGGGCGCUCUAAUUUUACUAGUAACAGGAGGAGCCAUGUUUAUGGACAACGUAUUCAUGACCAGCACAAAUAUUUCCCUUGCAGCUAUUCAGGAGGAAUUCGGCGUCCAGUCAUCUGAUCUCCAAUGGAUGAUUUCUGCGUAUACACUUUCCUUUGGAGGGUUUCUCCUGCUUUCAGGGGUCAUGUCUGAUCGAUUUGGGAGAAAGCCUAUGCUUCUUGUUGGCUUGAUUUGGCUUUCCAUCUGGACUUUGACGAUCGGAUUCGGAUCCUCGUUUAUAGAAAUCGCUGUAUUCAGAGGGCUGCAGGGUAUGGGUGCUGCUCUGACCAUCCCCUCUGCCGUGGGUAUAAUCAGCUCCUACUUCACUGGCCAAGACCGAACGCGAGCGCUAGGUCUAUAUGCAGCUUCUGGGGCAGUGGGAUUUACAGGUGGCCUUGUCCUAGGCGGUCUCCUUUCCUCGUCGCUUGGCUGGCGAUAUAUAUUCCGCUUGUCGGUCAUUGUCAGUACUUUACUAGGGGUGCUGGGAUACAUUGUACUUCCGACAAGUGGCGCAAAAAUCUACCCCAAUUCUCGAAUGGAUUAUUUUGGUGCAACCCUUUCUACCUCGGGACUUAUCCUUCUUGCAUUUGUGGUGUCUGGUGGAGGCGUCUAUGGCUGGGGAUCGCCAUUUAUCAUUGUUCUCCUCGUUUUGGCGAUUGCCCUACUCGUGGCAUUCGUGGUAUGGGAGAGCAAAGUCAGCAACCCGAUCAUGCCGUUGUCACUCUGGAAGAUCCAUAAUUUCCCGAGUUUAUGGAUUGUCGGCUUUACGGCCAAUGGAAGUUUCUCUGCCACUCUGUAUUAUACAGUUCUCAUGGCUCAACAAGUCGAUAAUCUUUCUCCGCUCGAAACGGCUAUCCGAUUCAUUCCUUCAGGAGUGCUUGGUUUCGUGAUAACGUUGAUGACAACAAGAGCUAUUGAGUCUUUCGAUGGAAAACACAUUUUAAUUACGGCAUUGGUUAUCUCAGUAUUAGCACCAAUCCCGAGCUGCCUUUUGACUGCACAGUCUUCGAACUUCUGGGUAAAUGUCCUGCCAACUAUAUUCAUCAGUGUGACCGCAAUAUCAAUCGGCUACAUUUCAGCUAGCACUUUUAUGUUAUUAAGUGCUCCUAUGCAUGUUAAGAGUCUUUGUGGUGGCAUGAUCAACACCGCAUAUCAAAUCGGCGGUGGUGUUUCUCUGGCCAUUUGCUCCGCUGUCGUCCAGGCAGUCGAUAUCGACAAAGGCCAUGAUGUCGCCCAGCAAUAUACGACAGGACUCUGGUGCACAGCUGGCAUCUCUGGUGUUGGCCUUAUCGUCGCUGUGUUUUUCUUGAAGAGUGAUAGAUCUGUUUUCACGCGCGGAGAAGAAAAUAUCGACGUGCAGACAGAAAUUUUGAAGAACGACAUCAACAUGGCUUAA